GGAAAAGAGAAGUUGGGAAGUUGAGUCAUCUGUCUGACUCGUCUUCUGUCCGUCUCUCUGUCCUUCUGGAGGAAACACAACAACAUGCUGCCGCUGCUCUUUCACAGCCUCUUCUCUGUCUGCGUCCUCUCAGUAUCAGUGGUUGCCACGGAGACUGUGGUGGGUGUAGCUGGACAGGUGGUGAAGUUGCCAUGUCGCUUGGAGGAGGCGAGGCAGGGUGGAGUAGAGGUGUGCUGGGGGAGAGGAAAGCCAUCAUCGUUUACCUGCCACAACACUCUGAUCAACGCCGCCGGAGAUCAGGUGACGUACCGACGGUCCCAUAGGUUCUCUGUUUCCUCCUCCACUGCAGCUCUUUCCAUCUCUGGGUCUCAGUUCUCAGAUGCUGGUUUCUACCACUGCAGAGUUCAGCUCCCCGGACUCUUCAACGACCCAACAUCCACCGUCCACCUCAUCAUCAUCAGGCCUCAUCUGCGUCACGAUGAUGUGGAGAAGUUCAACACAGCACACAUGAUAACAGGUUUGAUCACAGAGCAAAAAGGAAGUGAUGUCACAGGAAGUGCCAGCACAGAGCCAAUGGUGGCCCUGGUUCAGUCUCAUGUCCAGGAGGAACCUGUGAUCCUUCUGCAGACCUUUGUAGGAAGCACUCUGAGGCUGGCCUUCAUCAUCUUCAUCCCUGCAGUGCUGCUGGCGGCUGCUUACAGAGUUUGGAGAUCCAACCAGAGAGCAGAGACUGACAGGAGGUCAGACCAAUCAGAGGAGGAGGAGAACAGCUCUAUGUGAAGAUCAGGAUCCUUAGUAUAAACAGCUUCCCUUCUUUAGGGACAUAAAUCAUCCAGACACUCAUCGAGGUGCUUUAAAACCAGGAAAUCUUCAUCUCUAAAUGUUUUUACUCUCAGAACUGAAGCACUAAAAGUUAAUCUUUCCAGGAGCAUGAAGAUAAUAAAGAUUAUCCAACUAUUUCUUUA